GGAAUUGGGGCACAUGUCCGGCUCUUUCGUCGACUGUAUGCCAACCUAAUUUUGAGUGCCCCUGCUUUUCUGAAUGACACGUUACCUGCCUGCGUUCUCACACAUGAUCAAAUUGCCGCAAUAUGCCUCACGUUUCUUAGCUGCUCUCAAAUACCGCCAUUGUUGCCCUGCAGUUUCUAUACUCUUUUAAAUCCCCCCAUUAUCUUAAUUAUUUGCAGAGAAAUUCAUUACAGUAGAUCAGAUCUGUUUCGGUAAGAGAUGUCUGAACCUCAGCUGGUCACAAUCGACUUCUUAGGAAUUGGUAGGGAUGGCAGUGCCACAGAGAAUACCAGUUCUGACAUGGAUUGUCAGCGACAAGUUCUGAAAAGGCGAGGAAUACAGUCUUGCCUGGGAAAGAUUAAACCUCAUAUGCUGCAACAGGUGCUCUCUGAUGGAUAUUUGAGCAAUCUAGAGCAUUCUCACAGAGAAGAUUCUGAAGAUUUAAAGACUAUGGAAUUGUUUCCUCAACACGCCACAGGAUUUCGAUCGGAUAGUGAGGACAGGCAACUGCUUUUCCUCGAUUCAGAAACCAGCUCUUCUGAAGCUGCCGCUGCAUUUGAUGAAUCCAAACCCCCUGCGAAACCCUCAUCUUCUCAACUAAUGCUUUUCUACAAUGGAGCAGUAUAUUUCUACGGCAACGUUUCUUCUGAUAAAGCAAAGGAUAUUAUGUCCAUGGCUGCCGGUAACGGAAAUACUGCAAAUACUUCAAAUUGUGAAGCUUUAUCAAAGGGAUUAAAAGAAAGUGUUUCCGAUCUAGAAGGAUCUGCAAACGGUGCAAAGGAAAGACAUCCUCUCGGCAUAUCACAUUGGAAACUUCCAAUAGCGAAGAAAAAAUCGCUUCAACGCUUUCUCCAGAAACGGAAGGCCGGCUAGCUUGAGCUUCUUGUUUCAUUUGCAAUGGAGAUUGACAGGGGAACAAAGUGAACAUUUUGAACAGUAAAUUUGACGAAUUUGUACUCUGUUUGCGCGGAUUUAAGGGAUUAUUUCCCUGUGAGAGCUCAUCAAAGUAACGCUGCACAAUUGUAUAUUUGUUAGCGGAAAGCUGUUUCCGUUUGCCAGUCGGAUGGUGAAAAGCUGUUUUCUUCGUUUGGAAACCACUUUCGCGAACCGGAGAGCAUCCGGUGAGAAAGAUUCCCACAUGUUUUGACCUGUUCUUCUCUCUCUUAUGAUCUGUCGGAAGAAAGAAGAACAACUGUAACAGAUCAAAUCAUCUUCCGACGGCGGAAUUUUAAUUUGUAUAGAAUUUGACGGGGAAAUUUAAUUUGUAUUGUAUUUGACUCCUAAUCGAAAAUUUUGAUGUUUGUUUGGCUAUAA